CCACUUUUGGAAUAUCCACAAAUUGUUGAUGGAGACAUGGGAAACAUGCCAUCAAGAAAGCUAAAAACAAGGAAGUUUGUUUGAAGUAUCAGUAUUUGGUUUAUUCACACUGAAAUUAAAGUUAGCUGUUGUGUUGGUGUUGGCCAUUGCACUCCCUGCCAAGGCAGAAAACGAGAACAACGUGCUUAGAAGGGGAAAAAUGACGACAGCUACGAGCAGCCAUUUAUGGUCCCAUUUGGUAACCAUUUUACUUUUUGUUUUUGUUUGUGAAGAUUAAGCCUAUAAACACUACUUACACCUUCAACUUUCUUCCUUUGUAAACUACAUUCUACCAAUGGUUUAAAAAAUUAAGCCAAAAUUUGAAAACUAAAAAAAGUAGCUUUCAAAAAGUUGUUUUUAUUUUUGGAAUUUGGCUAAAAAUUCAACCAUUGAGAAAGAUGUAAAUCUUUGUAAGACAUGGAAAAGAAAUAGGCUUAAUUUUCAAAAAUAAAAAUAAAAAAGCAAAUUGGUUACCAAAGGGGGCCUAUAUAGUUUACCAACUGCAAUAAAUAUGAACAUUCUUUUCUGUUUUAUCUGCUUUCUAUGGCAUACUUAAAUAGACCAUUGGAAUGAACUUUUCACAACUUUCUUAACCUAAAGAAAUGGAAGAACUGAAAACUGCAGAUGUGAUGCGUGGUGAUGAAGUGGAGAAUGGUUUCGAUGCAAUUGUUAUAGGGUCAGGAUAUGGUGGUUCUGUUGCUGCAUGUCGGAUGUCUAUGGCAGGAAUAAAAGUUUGUUUACUUGAGAAAGGCCGCAAAUGGGAAUCUCAGGAUUUCGUUACUGACAGCAUGAACAUAACUUCGGCUGUGAGGAUGGAAAAUCGCAAUUUAGGCAUAAGCUUUGGUCCCAAAGAUGCAUUAUUUCAGGUAUUCGAACAAAAUGAUUCUAUAGCUACUGUAGCCUGUGGGCUAGGGGGAGGUUCGCUAGUGAAUGCUGGAGUGAUGGUUCCAACCCCGGUUCUUGUUAGAAGGGAUCCAAACUGGCCAAAAGAAUGGGAAAGGGAUUGGAAUUUCUGUGAAUCUGCUGCAACAGCCAUGUUGAAGGUUCAAAGUAUUCCCAUCAAGUUUCCUUCGGCCAAAGUUUUAGAUGAAAUUGUUGACGAAGAGAUUGAAGGAUGUUUUGAGUCUUCGCUGAAUCUUAGCAUUAACUUCGAUCUUGAGGAAUCACUGUCUAAUUCAAGGAAAAUCCAACAGCGGGGUAACUGCUUAGCUUGUGGAAAUUGCCUUGCUGGAUGUCCUUACAAUGCCAAGAGUUCAACCGACAAAAAUUAUUUACUGACAGCCAUCCAGGCAGGAUGUGUUGUUCAUACUACGUGUCAGGUUCAGUAUGUCGUAAAAAAUUCACCUAACCAAGAAGGCAGAACCUCCCAAAAAAGAAGAUGGUCUGUUUACUUGAAUGAGAUUGACUUUAUAGCCUGUGAUUUUGUAAUCCUUUCGGCUGGAGUUUUUGGUACAACUGAGAUACUCUUUCGGUCUCAAAUGAGAGGACUAAAAGUUUCUGAAGCACUUGGCUGCGGAUUUAGCUGUAAUGGAAAUGCUGUGGCCUACCUUGCUGGGAGUCCUGCACCCUUGAAUGGUUAUGGGUUAUCUAGAGAGCAGCUAUGGAAAAAAGCUUUUCAUGAACGGCCAGGACCGUCUAUCUCUUCUUCGUACACUUCUUCAUUGGGAUUCACAAUUCAGGUGCAUAAAUGUCUUUACAUGCAAAAGCUCGAUUCUCACCUGGAAAUAUUGGGCUUUAGAUCAUUGGAGAGUGCAGUGCUUCCUUCGGCUUAUCCUAACCUGCUUUUUAAAGGCGUUACCACUUAUGGAUGGCCCAAUGGCUACUGGUUCUUUCAUGGAAUUUUAGAUAAGUUGAAACAAGUCCUAAGCUUCAAAGCCAGCCAAGCAAUUGUUCUAAACGCAAUGGGUUAUGACAAGGGCGAUGGGAAAAUUAUGUUGCAGAGGGACACAGAUAAAGUUUCUUUCUUUCCACCACUUGAUUCUUUACUACCACAAAAAGUAAAUGUCUUCCAAAGAAUCACAAAAAAGUUAGGGGGAGUUCUUUUCAUUCCAAGGUACCGAAGCACAUCAGUUCAUCAUUUAGGUGGGUGCAAUGUGGCAUCUGAUCCUUCUCGUGGUGUUUGCAAUGCCAGUGGUCAGGUUUUUGAUCUCCAGAAUCCUGCUUCUGUGCAUCCAGGACUCUAUGUUUGCGACGCUUCAUUAAUUCCACGUUCUGUUGGUGUAAACCCGUCUUUUACAAUCACAAUUGUUUCUGAACAUGUAAGCAAGCAUCUUGUGAGUGAUAUUCUCAAGUACGAGUGCCAACGUGGCAUUGAGCUUUCUGCUAUCAAUGAUAACAAGCAUUCUACGCCUAAAACAAAUACAAAUAGAUCCCAGAGAUCAAUAGUCAUGGUUAAAGAAACCAUGAAGGGUUAUGUGGGCGGAAUGCCUUGUGCCAUUUUUCUCAUAAUGAAGAUGAACCCUGAGAGUUGGAAAGAUUUCAAUCAAUCAAAAGAAAGUCUUGGAGAAUGUCAUCCACUUCUUAGAGGAAAGGUUGGUGGAUAUGUCGAAUUUCGGGGCAUUGAGAAGGACAACCUAUACAUUAUCGACGGGGAAGUCAAUUUGUGUGAUACUGGUUGCAGAACUCCCUUCACUCAGUAUAUGACUUAUGAUCUUCUCCUUGCAGCUUCUUCUGGUGCAAGAUAUAUUCUGAAGGGGAAGAAGACCUUGAAUCCUUAUCUCUUUGGUUUAUAUGCUUGGCGAGAGACAACAACUCUGCAAGUGAGAAUUGAAAAGGUUUCAGAAAACCAUUCGAUGAAUGAUGUUUCCAUUUUAGAAGGGGAACUUAGCAUCUCAAUUUUAGAACUUCUCAAGAGUUUCUUAAGCCUUAAGGGAAAAAAGAGAGGACAAUUCAUUAGUCUUUUGUUAAAAACUUUUGUGAGAACCUAUAUCUUACAGAUACCACGGUUGACAUACAAAAACUCAACACCAAUGGGGUUCUUAGAAAACCUUUGUGGAUAUACUUCUCGUAUUGAAAUAACAACAGAAGAUGGAAUUACCAUUAGUUGCACAAAGUUUAGCUGUGCCCAAUAUCCAUCGAGGGUUCGAGAAGGAAAACAACGUAAUCCAGUUAUCCUGAUUAAUGGCUAUUCAACAGAGAGUUACUAUCUACCAACAGAACCCAUUGAUUUAGCUAGAACUUUACUUGGAGAAGGGCACGAUGUUUGGCUAUUGCAAUCUAGAUUACACCCUCUAAAUCCUUCUAAUGACUUCACAAUAGCAGAUGUUGGCAGAUUUGACAUCCCUGCUGCAAUCAACAAGAUCCUAGAAAUGGAUGGGUCGUGCAGAAAAGUACACGUUGUUGCACAUUGUGUUGGAGGGUUGGCAUCACACAUUUCUCUCAUGGGAGGACAUGUCUCUAGUUCUUGUGUGGCCUCUCUCUCUUGUACCAACUCUUCAAUGUUUUUCGUGCUAACCUUAUUGUCGAUGGUCAAAAUGUGGCUUCCUGUGGUCCCAAUCUCCAUGGCUAUACUUGGCAAGAACAAGAUUCUCCCUCUCUUGGGAACAUCUAGUAUCAGCAGAAGGCACCAGCUCCUAAAAUUGAUAGCCUAUUUGUUACCACGAUAUGAGAGGUGCACGUGCAAUGAAUGUGAAGUCUUCUCCGGCAUAUUUGGCAACACAUUUUGGCACGAAAAUGUGAGUCCUUCUGUUCAUCACUGGUUGAACAAGGAAAGCUCCACAGUGCUCCCCAUGGCAGCAUUUCCUCACCUCAGAAAAAUUUGCAAAGCAGGUUUCAUCGUUGACGACAAAGGGAAUAACAAUUACUUGAUACAUCCAGAGAGAAUGGCAUUUCCAACGCUAUACAUAUCAGGUGGAAGGAGUCUUCUGGUAAGUCCUCUCACUUCCUUUCUGGCCAACAAGUACAUGAAGUUGCAUCAGCCAAAAUUCAGACAUGAAAGGGUGGUUGUGAAUGGUUAUGGCCAUUCCGAUCUGUUGAUUGGAGAGAAGUCUUGUAAAGAAGUAUUCCCUCACAUCGUGUCACAUAUUAAAUUAGCUGAAAAUGAAGGUGCAAUCACUGGUGAAGCCAAAAAGAGAUGCAGUAGGGGGGAGGCAUUGUCUUGGAGUGAAGAUCCUCAUGAUGAGUAUGGGGGCUUUGCUACUUGGUUUUCCCCUUGGGUCAUUACUUGGAUGUUCUUAUGUCUUUUUGUUUUGUUAUUGUUUCCAUUCUUCACUUGAAAAUUUUCAACGUGUAAAGCCAUCUUAAAUGUUGCUUAUCCAAUCAAGACAUUACAAUAAUAGUGAAGAUGUCGGAAGUUUGAAUCUUCACUCCACCUAUUAUUGAACUAGAAAAUGACGUGGUUUGUUAAAAGAUUUUAUUUUUUGAAUAUAGAAUUUCAUUUUUUGUUAAAA